AGUAGGAAAACUCCGAAACAGACAGCGAUUACAACUAUUUUGCAGUUAACUCGCAUCUUGGAUGAUUGUUCGGAUAGCAAAAAAAACUAAUGAUAACCCUUUCAUGUCUACCAUUGGCUGUUCAUCAUGAUUACCCCAGCUUUCGAGUUGAGCCAGGAUCCAGAUUUCCUGAAUCUGAGCAUCCGUGUGCCCUACACAAGAACCACCGAGUUUGAUCUCUAUAUUGAUGGCGUUGAUUUCAAGUUCUAUGCCAAGCCCUAUUUUCUCAGACUCACCUUACCUGGAAAAAUAGUGGAGGAUGGAAGAGAGAAAGGCGCAUUUGACAUUGAUAAAGGUCUGUUCACCCUCCGUGUUCCCAAGCUGAGUGCCGGGGAGCACUUUGAGGGCCUGCAGAUGUUGACCAGUCUCCUGGCUCCUAAAGGCUCCCGCUCAGCCAAGCCACUGGUAGAAGACAUGACCACGGAAGCUUGCAGUGCGAGUAUGGAAAGGAAGGAGGAAGAGGAUGAAGAUGAUUUGGACUGGCAGGUGGAGCAGCAGGUGUUCAUGGAGUGCUCUGAGGAGCAGCUUCGUAGCCUCCAGAGAUACGGGUUUGGGAAUCAGAGGUCAGGGGUCUUCACCAGACUGGAGGAGGAGCUGAGUGAUGUGAUUGACGUGAAGAACCCUGAUGGCACCACAGCAGCAGAGAGGAGACAAAUGAGGCUGGAUGCAGAGACCACCAUCUUCUGCCAUGACCAUUACCUAGCUGACCUGUUUGAAGACGAGCAGAUUCAGAGUCUGUUGAAGUUCUCCCCGUGGUGGUCUCAGCUGAGCCCAGACUCCACCCAGGAGGGAGGAACAGCCGUGUCCUUCACCGACGACGACAAGCAGCAGCUGAGGAGGUUCACCAACCGCUCGUUCCUCCUGGAGAGGAGGGCCCGCCAGCAGGUGUGGCUGGGCCUGGUGGACGUCCUGCUGGCCUACUCCUACGAGGUCCGCACCACCGAGGGGGAGCCCACGGUGGAAUCAGCCUGGACCAUCCGCAAACUCAGUGGGACGCUCUGCUGGCUUGAGACGUACAGCUCUCUGAAGGAAGUCCUGGUGGCGUUUGGGAGGAGGGUGUUGUGUUACCCUCUCUACAGGCACUUCUCCUUGGUCUCUGCAGCCGUGCGUGACACCGCUCUGAUCUUGCAGUCAGGGAAGGCCUGCGUCCUCAAAUGCCUGCUGGCGAUCCACAGCACCUUCCGGAAGAACGACCCGGCCUACAUACUGAACGACCUCUACAUGACAGACUACUGCAUCUGGAUCCAGAAGGUCAAGUCCGCCAAGGUGACGGCUCUGGCAGAUCCCUUACAGAGCAUCUCCCUGGGGAAGCAUGACCUGGAGCUGGAGCUGGAGGUGCUGGAGGUGGCUGCAGGGCUGGUGGAGGAGGAGGAGAAGGGAGGAGGAUCCGGGGGGGCUCCUCACUCCCCUGGCGGAGAGGAGCCCGAUAGCGACGACACCGACUCGUCCGAAGAGAGUGAAGACAACUCUGUAGAACAGAACUGUCCACCCAGAGCAGAGAGAGGAGGAGGAGGAGGAGGAGGAGGAGGAGGAGGGACGGCAGAGGACAGCCCCCUCCAACCCUGGCCCCUGCCUGACUCCCCUGCCCUCCCUGCUCCCGCCCUCUCUCUCAUCCCCUCAGCACUGAGGAAACCCAACGGCCCCCCCUCCUCCUCCACUGCAGCCCCAGCCAGGGACGACUCGUCCAGCCCGCUGAUCCAGGAGCUGGGGCUGAUGAUGGGGGAGGGGCUGUGUAUCUCCCUGGCACAGGCCCAGUCUGGAGAGAGGCAUUCUAGCAGCAGCAGCAGCACACGGGCCCAGCGAGGUGGAGGGGGUUCUCAGCCCUCUGCUGCAGCACAGCGAGGGGAGGUGUCAGCCACACCAACACUGCUCGAGCCUUGUCCUCGCACAAACCCGCUACUCAUCGUCAACACAGACGACAGUGACGAUAUUGAUGAGGAUGAUAUUAUCAGUUAGAUUUUGAUGGGUUAUGCAACAGAACUUUCCAAAUUUGCCACCUCAUUCUAAUUAUGUUGGGUGAUUUUGGUUCCAGAAGGAGGACAUUAUAUGUGAACUAGAAUAAUGUUGUAUUUUCAUAGUUUGAUUAUAAUUAUAAGUGUGUUUAGUUUAGUGACAAAGUAACUUAAUUGUAUACCAUGUUUUUUUUUAUGUUACAAGGCAAUACAAAUUAGCUUUAUUACUGAAUAAAUGCUUGUUUUUUUUAGGUUAA